AUGCCAUUAGGAACACUCUAUCUAUAUAUGUUGUCUAUAAAGACUAAAAGUGGAAUUCUUUUAGAAAGCCGUGAUAUAGGACAAUGGUCCGAUCCGAAGGUUGAACCACUUUGGAUCACGGCAACGAAACAGGGUAUAAAAUCAGCAGUGCUUUUCUGGCCUGCAUGUCAUAAUGAAUUUCACGGUAUUCGACCGCUUGUCUACAGUUGGUCAUAUACGAAUACUAUAUCAUUUCGUGAGAAAAUCAACAAUGCUCUAUGGUAUUUUCGUGAACUUCCUAUUCAACUUGUUUUACUCUAUCAUGAGUCAGUUAAAGAUAGCUCGUUUAUUGUAACUCAAUCCAUUUUUUUUGUUACUUCAAGGGAAUUGGACAAGCAAGGUCAUGCUUGGGGUCCUGAUUCGAUGGAAGUACGGAAAACGGGUAUGUCGAAUAUCAAAAAAAUUAUUCGACCAUUUUUUGAAAAAUAUAUUAAUAUAUCCAUGAUCGAAGAAAAUAUUAUUUUCGGUGGUCAAUUUAGUGUUACUCCACGUGAGGGAUAUACUCAACAAGUGAUCGAUGGUCUACGUAGAAUUCCCAAUGUAACAGUAUAUAAACGUCAUGAACUACCUAAACGCUUCCACUAUUCCAAACCAAAUCAUCGACUUGGUGAAAUUUUUGUAAUACCAAACGAAGGUGUCAUGAUUUUAAAUGCAACAACCAACACUUUCUAUUCCAAGAAAGGUCAUCAUGGAUGGGAUAAUAUACUCCCGUCAAUGCAAGCUAUAUUUUUAGCUCGUGGUCCAUCUUUCAAUAAAAACAUUCAAAUUCGUUCUGUAAAUAUGGUCGAUAUUUACCAUAUUGCUUGUCACAUUCUUAAAUUGGUUCCAAAUCCAUAUGCUGAUGCUGGUUCUCUUAAACAUCUUACUCAUAUUUUUCGGUCCACAAUACCGAACAAUAAGUGUUCUUCAUUGUUCACCGCAUUGUGGCCAUUAGCAUUAUUUCUCCUACCUUUAUUUUAUUCGGAUUUUUUUGAAUAUUAUUCCAUGAAAUAA